AUGCAGCUGCACGCCGUCCCUGUCCCCUGGCACGGCUCCAAGGGUGGCACAGCACCUGCUGCCCAGCUGAAGGUUUGGUCCUGGGGCUGGCGUCACCCUCGGCUUGCUCCCACAGAGAAAUUUAACACCUACGUGACACUGAAGGUGCAAAAUGUCAAGAGCACGACCAUCGCGGUGCGGGGCAACCUGCCGUCCUGGGAGCAGGACUUCAUGUUCGAGAUCAACCGACUGGACCUGGGCCUGACGGUGGAGGUGUGGAACAAGGGGCUCAUUUGGGACACCAUGGUGGGGACAGUGUGGAUCCCCCUCCGGACCAUCCGGCAGUCCAAUGAGGAGGGUCCCGGGGAAUGGCUCACGCUCGACUCCCAGGUCAUCAUGACAGACAAUGAGAUUUCAGGCACCAAGGACCCCACCUUCCACCGCAUCCUCCUUGACACCCGCUUUGAGCUCCCACUGGAUAUCCCUGAGGAGGAGGCCAGGUAUUGGGCCAAGAAGCUGGAGCAGCUCAACGCGAUGCGGGACCAGGAUGAUUAUGCCUUCCAGGAGGAGCAGGAAAAACCUCUCCCCGUUCAUGGAUCCCAGUGCUGCAACUGGAAUUAUUUUGGCUGGGGAGAACAGCAGAAUGACGACCCCGACAGCACUGUGGAUGACCGGGACAGCGAUUACCGCAGCGAGACCAGCAAUAGCAUCCCUCCCCCUUACUACACCACCUCGCAGCCCAAUGCCUCAGUGCACCAGUAUCCCAUGAGGCACCAGCAGCAGAGCUCCCGCGACUCCUACACAGACUCCAUGCAGAGCUACGAGAUGGACUAUUCGGACCAGCGUCCCAUCAGACGCUACGGUAGCGUAGACUCUGCCACAAACGGGCGCAGCGACGCUGAGUCCGCUUCCGAAUCGAGCAGGCGGACCAGCCGCCAGCACUCCCUUGAGAGCAGGCGGUCCCUAGACCUAUCUGAUAGCUGGGGCUGCAAGGUGCCUUGGGGACUCUGCCAGUCCCUGUCCCUGUCCCUGGGCCCCCACGCCCCCGGGGGGACCAGCCGGUAUGCCUCAUCUGCAGAGCUGAGCCAGGGCAGCUCACAGCUGAGCGAGGACUUCGAGAACGAGAGCCUGCGGGACUCAGAGCUGGACGAGCGGGACGGCGAUUCCUACCACUCCUGCCACAGCUCCGUCAGCUACCGCAAGGACUCGCCCCACUGGGAGGAGGAAGAGGAUGAUGAUCUCUACCUGGAGGAGGAGGAGGAGGAGGAGGAAGAGUUCAAUGAGGACUACAGCGAGAACGAGGAAGGCUAUGCCAAGGAGGAAGAGGAGGAGGAGGACCUGCAGGGCCAGGGGGCCUAUGAACCCCAAGCCCAGGAGCACGACACCUACCCGCUGCCGCAGAAACCACCUGGGCAGCAACAGCAGCAGCAGCUCCCACAGCAGCAGCAACAACCGCAACAACCACAACUGGUCCCGCAGCCCAAGCCGCAGCAGCAGGAGAGGAAGGAGGAGAGGAAGGAGGAGAAAGAAGCGUUGGCCCCCCAAGAAACUCUGGAAUCCCUCCAGGCCCCGCAGGGAGUGGAUGAAGUCCCUGUAGCGGAGACAGCACAGGAGCCCGAGCCCCUGAAAGCAGCCGAGAGGGAGCAGGAGGAGGCGGAGGUCCAGGACCCCAAAGUGCGAGCCAAGGCCAAUUGGCUGAGGGCCUUCAACAAGGUUUGCAUGCAGCUGCAGGAGGCCCGCGGAGAAGGCGAUGGAGAAGCUAAGUCACUGUGGUUCAAAGGCGGGCCUGGCGGUGGGCUGAUCAUUAUAGACAGCAUGCCGGACAUACGCAAGAGAAAACCCAUCCCCCUAGUUAGCGAUUUGGCAAUGUCCUUGGUGCAGUCCAGGAAAGCGGGAAUCACAUCUGCGCUGGCAUCGAGCACCUUAAACAACGAGGAACUAAAAAACCAUGUUUACAAGAAGACCCUGCAAGCCUUAGUGUACCCCAUCUCCUGCACAACGCCCCACAACUUUGAGGUGUGGACAGCCACGACGCCCACCUACUGCUAUGAGUGUGAAGGGCUGCUCUGGGGCAUCGCCCGGCAGGGCAUGCGCUGCGCCGAGUGUGGGGUGAAGUGUCAUGAAAAGUGUCAGGACCUGCUCAAUGCUGACUGCCUGCAGAGGGCAGCGGAGAAGAGCUCCAAGCACGGAGCGGAGGACCGGACCCAAAACAUCAUCAUGGUGCUCAAAGACCGCAUGAAGAUCCGGGAACGCAACAAGCCAGAGAUCUUUGAGCUGAUCCAGGAGGUGUUUGGCGUCACCAAGGCCACCCACACGCAGCAGAUGAAGGCAGUGAAGCAGAGCGUCCUGGAUGGCACCUCCAAAUGGUCGGCCAAGAUCAGCAUCACAGUUGUUUGUGCCCAGGGUCUGCAAGCCAAGGAUAAGACAGGCUCCAGUGACCCGUAUGUUACUGUUCAGGUUGGAAAGACGAAAAAAAGAACUAAAACUAUCUACGGCAAUCUCAAUCCAGUCUGGGAGGAGAAUUUCCAUUUGGACUCCCUGAGGGUGGAGGGGACCGCUGGGGACGAUGACAUCAAGUCCCGCGUCAAGCAGCGCUUUAAGAGGGAGUCUGACGACUUUUUGGGCCAGACUAUCAUUGAGGUCCGGACCCUAAGCGGGGAGAUGGACGUCUGGUACAACCUCGACAAGCGGACGGACAAGUCGGCCGUGUCUGGAGCCAUCCGGCUGCACAUCAGCGUGGAGAUCAAAGGCGAGGAGAAGGUGGCCCCGUACCAUGUGCAGUACACAUGCCUGCAUGAGAACCUUUUCCACUUCGUAACGGAUUUGCAAAACAAUGGAGUGGUGAAGAUCCCCGACGCCAAGGGCGACGAUGCCUGGAAGGUGUACUUUGACGAGACGGCGCAGGAGAUUGUGGAUGAGUUUGCCAUGCGAUACGGUGUGGAGUCCAUCUACCAGGCCAUGACGCAUUUUGCCUGUCUCUCCUCUAAAUACAUGUGUCCGGGGGUGCCGGCAGUGAUGAGCACGCUGCUAGCCAACAUCAACGCCUACUAUGCACACACCACCGCCUCUACCAACGUCUCCGCCUCUGACCGCUUUGCUGCUUCCAAUUUCGGGAAAGAACGGUUUGUCAAACUCCUCGACCAGCUGCACAAUUCACUGCGGAUCGACCUUUCCAUGUACCGGAAUAAUUUCCCCGCCAGCAGCCCCGAGCGGCUGCAGGAUCUCAAAUCCACAGUGGAUUUGCUAACCAGCAUCACCUUCUUCCGGAUGAAGGUCCAGGAGCUGCAAAGCCCACCCCGAGCCAGCCAGGUGGUGAAGGACUGCGUGAAGGCCUGCCUCAACUCCACCUAUGAGUACAUCUUCAACAACUGUCAUGAGCUGUACAGUCGCGAGUACCAGACUGACCCGACUAAGAAAGGCGAGGUGCCCCCCGAGGAGCAGGGCCCCAGCAUCAAGAACCUAGAUUUCUGGUCCAAACUCAUCACCCUGAUAGUUUCCAUUAUUGAAGAGGACAAGAACUCCUACACACCCUGCCUGAACCAGUUCCCACAGGAGCUGAACGUGGGGAAGAUCAGCGCCGAGGUGAUGUGGAACCUCUUUGCUCAGGAUAUGAAGUAUGCGAUGGAGGAGCACGACAAGCAUCGCCUGUGCAAGAGCGCCGACUACAUGAACCUGCACUUCAAGGUGAAGUGGCUCUACAAUGAGUAUGUGACUGAGCUCCCCUCCUUCAAAAGCCGUGUGCCUGAGUACCCUGCCUGGUUCGAGCCCUUUGUGAUCCAGUGGCUGGAUGAGAAUGAAGAGGUGUCGCGGGAUUUCUUGCAUGGAGCGCUGGAGCGGGAUAAGAAAGAUGGGUUCCAGCAGACAUCUGAGCACGCGCUCUUCUCCUGCUCCGUGGUGGACGUCUUCUCUCAGCUCAACCAGAGCUUUGAGAUCAUCAAAAAGCUGGAGUGCCCCGACCCCCAGAUCGUUGGGCACUACAUGCGGAGGUUUGCAAAGACCAUCAGCAACGUGCUACUCCAAUAUGCUGAGAUCAUCUCCAAGGAUUUCGCCUCCUACUGCUCCAAGGAGAAGGAGAAAGUGCCCUGCAUCCUGAUGAACAACAUCCAGCAGCUCCGUGUGCAGCUGGAGAAGAUGUUUGAAGCCAUGGGGGGGAAGGAGCUGGACACAGAAGCCAGUGAUAUCCUCAAGGAGCUGCAGGUGAAACUCAACAAUGUCCUGGAUGAGCUGAGCCGAGUAUUUGCCACCAGCUUCCAGCCACACAUCGAGGAGUGCGUGAAGCAGAUGGGCGACAUCUUGGGCCAGGUGAAAGGCACUGGCAACGUCCCUGCCAGCACCUGCAGCAGCGUCGCACAGGACGCUGACAACGUCCUGCAGCCCAUCAUGGACCUCCUAGACAGCAACCUGACCCUCUUUGCCAAGAUCUGCGAGAAGACGGUGCUGAAGCGCGUGCUGAAGGAGCUCUGGAAGCUGGUGAUGAACACGAUGGAGAAGACCAUCGUCCUGCCCCCGCUCACCGACCAGACGAUGAUUGGCACGCUCUUGAGAAAACAUGGCAAGGGGACAGAGAAGAGCAGGGUGAAGCUGCCCAGUCACACUGAAGGCACCCAGAUGAUUUUCAAUGCAGCCAAGGAGCUGGGGCAACUCUCCAAGCUGAAGGACCACAUGGUGCGGGAGGAAGCCAAAAGCCUCACCCCCAAGCAGUGUGCUGUGGUGGAGCUGGCUCUGGACACCAUCAAGCAAUACUUCCACGCUGGGGGAGUGGGGCUGAAGAAGACGUUCCUGGAGAAGAGCCCCGACCUGCAGUCGCUGCGUUAUGCCCUGUCCCUGUACACGCAGGCCACCGACCUCCUCAUCAAAACCUUCGUGCAGACCCAGGCUUCACAGGGCUCUGGCGUGGAUGACCCCGUCGGUGAGGUGUCGAUCCACGUGGAGCUCUUCACCCACCCUGGCACUGGCGAGCACAAAGUCACCGUCAAAGUGCUGGCUGCCAAUGACCUCAAGUGGCAAACGUCAGGCAUCUUCCGGCCCUUCAUCGAGGUCAACAUCAUCGGGCCCCACCUCAGCGACAAGAAGAGGAAAUUCGCCACCAAGUCCAAGAACAACAGCUGGGCCCCCAAGUACAAUGAGAGCUUCCAGUUGUGAGUGGUGACAGGCCCCGAGUGCUACGAGCUGCAGGUGUGCGUCAAGGACUACUGCUUCGCCCGGGAGGAUCGCACAGUGGGCAUCGCUGUGCUGCAGCUCCGCGACAUCCUUCAGCGGGCCAGCUGUGCCUGCUGGCUGCCCCUGGGCCGCCGCAUUCACAUGGAUGACACCGGCCUCACCGUCCUCCGCAUCCUCUCACAGCGCAACAACGACGAGGUGGCCAAGGAGUUUGUCAAGCUCAAGUCAGACACGCGCUCGGCCGAGGAGGGCAGCAGUUAAACCGCCCCAACUCCAGCCCCCAUCUCCUGACCCCUUUUCUACAUCAUCCUCCAGCCAUGGAUAAGCCAUAGCGACCGGCCGCAAGAGGAGCCCUCUUUCCCAUCCCCAGGACACUGCCAGGGCACCUGGCAAGACCCGGCCCAGGCAGUGCCACAGAGGGGACGCGUGUGCCAUGCAUGGCUCCACAGCCCCAUCCUUGGCCUGGCAACUCAGGGCACAGCCAAGCCAUGCACUUCCCCCCACUCCACCCUGACAGGAAUGUGCUGGGCUGGGGUGGGCUGAGCAAGGGGCUGCAGGGAAGGGCUGGACCCCAGCAUGCAUGAUGGGGCUGAUCUACCCCUUCCCUGCAUGUCUGGGGCAGGGGGACCCUAAUGGCACAUCCCCAGCACCAUCCCACAUAGCCCUAAAUCCCAUGUAGUAUCGCAAAGCAGGCACCAUGGUGCUGCCAGCUGGGGUGAGGGAUGCAGGACAGUGCUGGUAAGUGCCAGGCGUGCAGCAUCUGCCUGGUCUCCCUGAUGGACAAAGCAGGGCUGUGUCCCAUGAUCGUCACCCAGGACCACGCGGGUUGGGUAGGCCCCACUGGUGUCCUGGGUGGGGAUGGGCUCCUGCCUGCUGAGCGCUCUGUACAUAUGUAAAUAGCUGUACAUACCCAGGGCAGAGCAGGGCACCCGCUGCCACAGCGUGGAAGGGCUAUCGGGGCUGCAUGGCCCAUGGGUGCAGCACCCAGCAUGCUGGGCCAUGGGCACCCGCUCCCCGGCUGGCGGCAGCAUGGUGGGAGCUGG